AUGCUCACGACGAAAAGUAUGCUGCUGACAAUCAUCCACUUUAAGUGCGAGACUAGUGUUGCCCAGCGCUUUAUGCUGGCUCUGUUCGUAUACCUAAAGCCUCUGGGUGGGGAUGUCGUGACGCAGCUAUUCAACAUCUUCAGCAAAAAUGGAUUUUAA